GGAGUCGAGGACGAUGAGUUCAGUCUAAGUAUGAAUGUGCUGUACGUGCAAAGCGGAAUUCAUCUUGCGGAGUAAGUUCCGUUUAUCUUUGCUCGUAAAGCACUUUUGGCGUCUGACAGCUGUUUACUUACUGUUUACUUCGGCUGAGCAUCUCAUGGUGAGAACACUGCAGUGAAAGCGCACAGCUGAGAACAAACUCAUGCGUGUUUACGCACAAAGUACGGCGACUGGCUUCCAUCUGUUGCAUCCACUUCUGAGCGUAUUUUUGGAUUUUGGUUGGAUUUUUUAAACCUCUUAUUCCUGUUACUCUACAAUGAACGCAGUGAAUAGUCUUCUCCUCCUGUGGUCUUGGACUCUGGUGCAGGAAUGGACAUUAUGCAUGGGCGAGGAAGAACACUCAUCACCAGUAAAAAGUGUGAAUCCUUGUUGCUACUACCCUUGCCAGAACCGGGGAAUCUGCAUGAGAUAUGGGCUAGACCAAUACCAGUGUGACUGCACCAGAACUGGGUAUUAUGGGAAAAAUUGCACUACCCCUGAGUUCUGGUCCAGAGUUGUCGAGAUCAUGAAGCCAAGUCCUGAUGUCAUACACUACAUCUUAACCCAUUUUUACUGGCUAUGGAAUCUUAUCAAUAAAACCUUCCUGAGGGACUGGAUCAUGUACAAGGUCCUCACAGUGCGGUCUGACCUGAUUCCCAGCCCUCCAACUUAUAACUCCAAGUAUGGCUACCUGAGCUGGGAAUCUUAUUCCAAUACCACUUAUUACACCCGACUCCUGCCUCCAGUGCCACUAGACUGUCCAACACCUAUGGGUGUCAGAGGAAAAAUGGAGCUUCCAGAUCCUAAGCUGUUGGUGGAGAAGUUCUUACUGAGGCGGGAAUUCAGGCCAGACCCCCAGGGCACAAAUUUGAUGUUUGGGUUUUUUGCUCAGCACUUCACUCACCAGUUCUUCAAAACACACAAUCGAAUGGGGCUUGGCUUUACCAAAGGUCUUGGCCAUGGGGUGGAUGCUGGGCAUAUUUAUGGAGAUAACCUUGCACGGCAGCUAAGUCUUAGACUUCACAAAGACGGGAAGCUGAAGUACCAGAUGAUAAACGGAGAGAUGUACCCACCUUCAGUGGCAGACACCAACGUGAACAUGAACUACCCUGCAUCAGUUCCACCAGAAAAGCAAAUAGCUAUUGGCCAGGAGGUUUUUGGGCUGUUGCCAGGCUUAAGCAUGUAUGCCACCUUGUGGCUGCGUGAACACAACCGUGUGUGUGACAUCCUAAAGAAAGAGCAUCCCAGCUGGGGGGAUGAGCAACUCUUUCAGACCACCAGACUUAUUAUUAUUGGUGAGACUAUCCGGAUAGUGAUCGAGGAUUAUGUCCAGCACCUAAGUGGCUACUACCUAAAGCUGAAGUUCGAUCCGACCCUGCUUUUCAGCUCGCAGUUCCAGUACCAGAACCGCAUUGCCUUGGAGUUCAAUCAGCUUUACCACUGGCAUCCACUCAUGCCCAACAGCUUCUUCAUUGAAGGAACGGAGAUCGCCUAUGAUAAGUUUAUAUACAACACCUCCAUACUCACCCACUAUGGAAUAGAAAAGCUGGUGCAUGCUUUCUCAACUCAGCCAGCAGGACAGAUUGGAGGUGGGCAUAAUUUGCCACAUGUAGUGGCCAGAGUAGCUGAAGGAGUCAUUAAAGAAUCUAGGCAACUUCGACUGCAGCCAUUUAAUGAGUACCGCAAAAGAUUUAACCUGAAACCAUACAAAUCAUUCUAUGAAUUUACAGAUAAUAAGGAGAUUGCCCGCGAGUUGGAAGAGCUCUAUGGAGACAUUGACGCUUUCGAGUUUUAUCCGGCUUUGCUGAUAGAGAAGACACGUCCUGGUGCAAUAUUUGGACAGAGCAUGGUAGAAAUUGGGGCUCCAUUUUCCUUAAAAGGUCUUAUGGGAAACCCCAUAUGUUCACCUGAGUACUGGAAGCCCAGCACAUUUGGAGGUCAAACUGGCUUUGAUAUUGUCAACUCUGCUACCCUUAAAAGUCUGGUUUGUCUCAAUACUAAGUGGUGUCCAUAUGUAUCCUUCCAUGUUCCCCCACCAGGUUAUCAGCAGAAAAACCCUGAUGGCUCUCAUGCUGAACUGUAGCCAAUAUAGAGAUGUAAGAGAAUUAGACAACCAGGCUGUCCCAGUAUGUGUUUACACAGUCAGCUGAUUUUACAUUAACGUCAUAAUUAUAUUUAACUACUGUACCUGCUAUAAUUAGUGCACUGUGCUGAAUAUUAUCAUUUGAAUAUACAAUGAGGGAAAAAAUGAUUUGAUCCCCUGAUGAUUUUGUACGUUUGCCCACUGACAAAAAAAAAUCCAGAAAAACGCAAAAAAUCCUAGAAAUCCAGAAAAAUCUACAUUGAUUUGCAUUUUAAUGAGUGAAAUAAGUAUUUGAUCCCCUAUCAGUCAGAAAGAUUUCUGGCUCCCAGGUGUCUUUUAUACAGGUAAGGAGCUGAGAUUACAGUAUCUCAGCUCGUUAACUGUAUGAAAGACACCUGUCCACAGAAGGAAGCAAUCAAUCAGAUUCCAAACUCUCCAUCAUGGCCAAGACCAAAGAGCUGUCCAUGGAUGUCAGGGACAAGAUUGUAGACCUACACAAGGCUGGAAUGAGCUACAAGACCAUCGUCAAGCAGCUUGGUGAGAAGGUGACAACAAUUGGUGCGAUUAUUCCCAAAUUGAAGAAACACAAAAGGACUGUCAAUCUUCCUCGGUCUGGGGCUCCAUGCAAGAUCUCACCUCAUGGAGUUUCAAUGAUCAUGAGAACGGCGAGGAAUCAGCCCAGAAUUACACUGGAGGAUUUUGUCAAUGAUCUCAAGGCAGCUGGGACCAUAGUCACCAAGAAAACAAUUGGUAACACACUACGCCAUGGAAGACUGAAAUCCAGUAGCGCCCACAAGGUCCCCCUGCAAAAGAAAGCACAUGUACAGACUCAUCUGAAGUUUGCCAGUGAACAUCUGAAUGAUGCAGAAGUCAUGUGGUCAAAUGAGACCAAAAUCCAGCUCUUUGGCAUCAACUCAACUCACCGUGUUUGGAGGAGGAGGAAUGCUGCCUGUGACUCCAAGAAGACCAUCCCCACCGUCAAACAUGGAGGUGGAAACAUUAUGCUUUGGGGGUGUUUUUCUGCUAAGGGGACAGGACAACCACACCGCAUCAAAGGGACGAUGCCAUGUACCGUCAUGUACCGAUGCCAUGUACCGCCAUGUACCGUCAAAUCUUGAGUGAGAACCUCCUUCCCUCAGCCAGGGCAUUGAAAAUGGGUCGUGGAUGCAAAGAGGAGUGGGCCCAAAUUCCUUGAGAUGUGAGAUUUGUGCAAACCUGGUGGCCAACUACAAGAAAUGUCUGAUUUUUUUGAUUGAUUGAUUGAUUGCCAACAAGGGUUUGCCACCAAGUACUAAGUCAUGUUUUGCAAAGGGGUCAAAUACUUAUUUCACUCAAUAAAAUGCAAAUCAAUGUAUAACUUUUUUGAAAUGUGUUUUUCUUGAUUUUUUUGUUGUUAUUUUGUCUCUCACUGUUCAGAUAAAACUACCAUUAAAAUUACAGACUGAUCAUUUAUUUGUCAGUGGGCAAACGUACAAAAUCAGCAGGGGAUCAAAUAAUUUUUUCCCUCACUGUAAUUGGCACAUGCCUCUACUUGUAGCAGCCUUAUGAAUAAGGCUGUGUUUUAUAUUUUCCCCAGGGAUCUUCAAGGUGCCUUUUAAUUUAAAACCACAUAUUUAUAGAGAAAUUUAGUGAAUGAGUCAUCUAGUCAGCAAAAGGUGAAAUGUUAUAUUCAAAUGUCUUUGUACUCUCUGGGUCAUUAAGGAAUUUCCCACAGCAUAACUACACAAAUGAAAACAUAACAGUGAUAAAUGUUUACAUAUCAGACACAGUGUAAUGUAUUGGAAUGACACUUGGGCACAAAAGGUUCUUUGUGAGGUGCUAACUUCACACUGAAGCAGCAGAGCAUCAUCUACAUUCCAUUGUAGUGCUAGUCCUUUGUGCCGUACGCUUACCAGCCACUGUAAUAGGUGUACCCCUGCUCAUUCAAGCUGUUAGCGAAUCAUGUGGCAUAAUAUCAUGUAGAUAUGGACAUGCAGAUAUAGACAGGUUACAACAGCAGAAGACCAUUUCAGGGUUUCACUUGUCAGUCAAGAGCAGGAACAUGAGGCAACAGUGCUCUUUUGCUGUAGCACAAUUCCUAUUUACCACAGUUAUAAAGAAUGGUCAUGUGAAUUACUGUAGCACACAAGUCUAUUUGUUCUGUUUUGACCUGUCUGGCACCAACAACUAACCAACCCCAAUGGUCAGAAUGAAGCUCUUGACCUGUAUGUACAUGGUGAUGCCACAUGAUGGGCUGAUUGGGUAAUUACAUUAAUGUGUAUGUGUACAGUUAUUAAAGUGGCCCGUGAGUGUGUGUCCUUUGUAGGACAAGACUCAUUUUUUUUUAUAAUUAUUAUACUUUAGAAUAGCUUGAGUUUUGGUUUAAAAAAGCAAGCAGUGCUUAGUUUUGGAUGGCUUUCAAGCAUACAUCAAUCAAUGAUGUUGUCAGAGUGAAUUUUGGAUCCAUGGCCAGUAUUGGCAAAUAGCAGGUUGAUUUAUAUCAGUAAAUCCUGUAACCAGCAAUCAGUGUUCUGCCCAGUCAUGCAUUGCAUUAAGGAGUGGGAUAUUGACAGGUGUUUUUUGAUGUAUGAUGACACUGAGGUUUGUUUAUUACAGCAAAUGUCCUUUCUGAAGCACUGAUUUAAGAUGAAUUAAUAAGAGGUCAUUUGUAAGGUCAUAUUUAACUGCUGCAGUUGUGAAUAAAGGACAAGGAUAUACUGGUGAUCAUUGGACUGAAAAUGAUAAUUAACAGGAUAUGACAGUAUAAGAUUAUAGGCAAAAGGAUUGUUUCCAGAUUGUUUGCUUAUUUGUUGUUUUUGUUUGUUUUGAUUUUAUUUGUUGUUUACUCAUACUUGUGAGUUCUGAGAACAAAAGGCUUUUCAUGAAAUAAAUUGAUAGACUGAUGGGCUUGAAUAACUUA